AUGAUCGUGCAAUUUCUUGCGUCCGUCCUGGCCGGCGUCCUGUUCGUCUUUGGUAUCAAGUAUGCCAUCGCCCUACUCGCCUGGCUGAGUCAACGCGUAAUCCCGUCUCGCCAUCGUCCGGCUGAGAAGCCCGAGGACGAGCACGUCCAGGUCCUCGUCCUUGGCGACAUUGGCAGGAGUCCGCGCAUGCAGUAUCAUGCCAUCAGCCUGGCCAAGCACGGCCGCAAGGUGGACAUUGUGGCAUACAAAGAGACGGCCAGACAUCCCGCUCUCGUUGGCGAUGCCCGCGUCACCAUGUAUGCCCUCGCGCCACAGCCCGAGUGGAUCGCCUGGGGAACUCUGCCCUUCUUCAUCAACCUCCCGGCCAAGGUCAUUCUGCAGUUCUGGACCCUCUUCUACACGCUCAUGUACGCGACACCCCCGGCGCAAUGGAUCAUCAUCCAGAACCCGCCCUCGAUUCCCACCUUUCACGUCGCUCUCCUCGUCUCCCUCAUCAGAGGCAGCAAGGUCGUCGUUGACUGGCACAACUACGGCUACUCAAUCCUUGCCCAAAAGUCGCUGUAUCGGCCGUUGGUUCCGGUCUACCGGUGGUACGAGAUUGGCCUUGGCCGCUUUCUCGGAAAUGUCAACCUGGCUGUCACAGAUGCCAUGGCACGCGAGCUGCGGGGAGGGCGCUUUAACCUGAAGAGUCCAGUUUAUGCUUUGCACGAUCGCCCUGCCGAGACGUUCCAGCCCAUCGAGUCGGACAAGGAGAAGCUUGCGUUUCUAUCCAAGCUGCCCGAGACGGAGAGCCAGGCAAAGGACAUUGUCGAUGGCGUAGUCCGCCUCGUCGUGAGCAGCACCUCCUGGACCGCCGAUGAGGACUUUGGUAUACUGCUCGAUGCAUUGGUGUCAUACGCCAAUCCCGAGGACGGUUUAACGGCAGAGCCCCCAUCGCCUAUCUUGGCCAUCAUUACCGGCAAAGGUCCGGAAAAAGAAGCCUACUUGAAGAAAAUUAAACAGCUCCAGGAUGGCGAUCGGCUUCCUGGCAUCCGCAUCCUGACUGCCUGGCUGUCCAACCGUGACUACGCCUCGUUGCUCGCUUCUGCCGACUUGGGCAUCUCGCUGCACAAGUCCAGCUCGGGCGUCGACCUUCCCAUGAAGAUUGUCGACAUGUUUGGAGCCGGCCUCCCCGUGGCCGCAUACUCGGCUUUCGAAAGCUUCGGCGAGCUGGUCAAGGAAGGCGAAAACGGUUGCGGCUUCGAGACGUCGGCGCAGUUGGCGGAUAUCCUCAGGAAGCUCCUCAGCGAAGCGGGCGAGCGGGAGCUGGCGGCGCUGAGACGGGGGGCCGUCAGGGAAGGCUCUCUACGAUGGGACGAGGAGUGGGAUCGAAUCGUGGCACCGCUUGUACAAGUGGCCUGA